AUGUCUGACUUUUACGUUCGAUACUACACCGGCCAUCAAGGCAGACACGGCCACGAGUUUCUUGAAUUCGAAUACUCGCGCGGUCGACUACGCUACGCAAACAACUCGAACUACCGCAACGACAGCCUCAUCCGCAAAGAGAUGUGGAUCAGCCCAUUGAUGGUGAGCGAGCUGAGGCGAAUUGUGGAGGAAAGCGAGAUCAUGCAGGAAGACGAUGCGAAGUGGCCCAAGAAGAACGCUACGGGUCGGCAGGAGCUUGAAGUCAGGUUGGGGAAAGAGCACAUUUCGUUCGAGACGGCAAAAAUCGGCUCACUAGUCGACGUGCAAGAUAGCGACGAUCCAGAAGGUCUCAGAGUCAUGUACUACUUGGUACAGGAUCUCAAGUGUCUCAUUUUCAGCCUCAUCUCAAUGCACUUCAAGAUCAAGCCCAUCGGUUGA